CAUAAUGGUUGCCGUCAACUAUGAGAGACAUAUAUCCUACAGUACACAGGGUGAAGGUGAAUUCGAGUGCAGAGGAUUAUUUCUUCUCCCCAGUGAAAGAAAGAAGCGGGAGGGUAGGUACGUUGUGCAUCGAUCUGGUUAGGUUUUGGCGUUCAAAUUGAUCUCGUCGUUUGGGAUUUUCCGAUGGCAGCAAUUUACAGUCUUUACAUAAUCAACAAAUCAGGUGGUUUGAUUUUCUACAAGGAUUACGGAUCUGGUGGAAGGAUGGAUACAAAUGACAGCUUAAGAGUAGCUAGUUUAUGGCAUUCGAUGCAUGCCAUUUCUCAGCAGCUAUCACCGGUUGUUGGUUGUUCUGGGAUUGAACUCCUUCAAGCUGAUACUUUUGACCUCCAUUGUUUCCAGUCUCUUACCGGGACAAAGUUCUUCGUGGUUUGUGAACCUGGAACGCCUCACAUGGAGGCUCUGUUGAAAGUCAUUUAUGAACUGUAUACAGAUUAUGUUUUAAAGAACCCCUUCUACGAAAUGGAGAUGCCUAUACGAUGUGAACUCUUUGACAUCAACGUUACACAGAUCAUACAGAAGGAUCGUGUUGCUUUGUUGGGUCGAUGAACGACAUGCUGUUUUUCUUCUUCUUAUUUUCUCUAUUUUUUUUUUUUAGUUUCAUCUGGGAAUUUUCUGAGGGAUCUUUCGUCUUGUGGAACAUUGUUUUGUUAUAUUUACUGGUAUAGCAGGCCUGUGAUUGUUAAUGGCUGUGUGCUUCUACUGGGUUUAUCUUUGCUGUCAUGAUUGAUCUGGAAACGCUGGAAUACGUUUGUUUCAGCUUGGUUCCUGCUGAGUCUCUGGUUACCAUCUUUGAGUUUUAGGGUUGGGAUAUCCAUGAGUGCCUUAGGUCAACGAAGAGGAAAAAAAAUGCAGUUGGACAGCUUUUUAUCGACUUUAGUUUGUGCAAUAAUACGAAUGUCAUUGCCGAA